CGUCAUCACGGCGCGCCUCGCGCCAGCGUCGCGUGGGGCUGCAGGCCCCCGCGAUGCCCCCCCCCGCGCGCCGCUAGAGCCCCCCCGGCUGCCAUGGGCCGCGCGGGGCGGCGGCUCCCCCAGCAGGGGGCGCUGUUCCAGGCGCGCCGGCGCGGGCGCGCGCGGGGCCGGAGGGCGGGGCUGGAGGCGGAGCUACAGCAGCUGGAUUUGGGGGCCGAGGGCGCCGCUCCCACCGGGACGGGGCUGGUCAGCGAUGGAGGGCACGGGACCGGGCAGGGGGACGGCCGCCCCCCCGGGGGUCCGGCCCUGCAGGAGCUGCUCCAGCGCUGCGUCCCCGUCCAGUGCCGCCCGGCCAGCGAUGAGGAGCUGCUGCUGGUGCACAGCCCCUCGUUCGUGGCGCAGCUGGAGCCCCCCGACAGCCCCAGCCCGGGGGGGUCGGGGCCCCGGCGGGCCGUGGGGGCGGCGCUGGCGCUGCUGGAGCAGGUGCUGGGGGGGGCCCUGCGCAACGGGGUGGCCCUGAUCAGCCCCCAGGACCCCCAGGACCCCCCCCAGCCCGCGGCCGUGGCCGCCCGGGUGGCGCAGAAACAGCUCGGGGUGCAGCGGGUCCUGAUCGUGGAUUGGAGCCCCCGGCCCGGGCGGGGCCUCCCCCAGCUCUUCCAGGAGGACCCCAGUGUUCUGUACUUCGGGGUGCAGUGGGGCCGGGAGCCGCCCCCCAGCGCCGGGCAGGGCCCCGGAGAGGGGUUCACCGUGGAGCUGCGCUGGGAGCAGGCCGGUGUCACCGAUGGCGAUCACGCCGCCGCCGCCUUCCACGUGCUGCUGCCCAUCGGCCUGCAGUUCCAGCCCCAGCUCGUCCUGGUCGAGGCCUCGCUGGAGGAUUUGGGGGGCUCCCUGGGGCUCUCCCCUGCCGGGCUCUCUCUCCUCACCCACCUGCUCUCGGCCCUGGGCAGGGGGCGGCUGCUGCUGCUGCUGCAGGGGGGCCCGGAUUUGGGGGCGUCCCCUGGGGGGGUGGGGGCCGUGCUGCGGACCCUGCUGGGGGACCCCGGGGAUCCCCCCGGGCCCCUCACUCCCACCCCCAGUGGCCUGGCCAGCAUUGCCCGCACCCUGAGCGUCCACCAGCGCUUCUGGGGCUGCCUGCAGAGCUUCGAGAUCGAGGAGGAGGAGGAGGAGGAAGAGGAGGAAGAAGAAGAGGAGGACGAGGAAGAGGAGGAGGAGGCGGAAGAAGCAGAGGAGGAAGGGAACGAGGAUGAGGAGGAUGAAGAGGAGGAAGAGGAGGGGGAGGGGAACCCCCCGGAGACCCCCCCGGAGCCCCCGAGCAGAGCCAGGGUGGGGCUGGUGUACGACCCCCGCAUGGAGGAGCACAGGAACACCUGGGACAGCCAGCACCCCGAGGCCCCGCAGCGCCUGCCCCGCGUGCUGCAGCGGCUGCAGGAGCUGGGGCUCGCCCAGCGCUGCCUCCCCGUGCCCGCCCGGCCCGCGAGCCACCGGCAACUGCGCGCCUGCCACACGCGUGCCCACGUGCGGGCGCUGUCGCGGUGCGCGCUGCUGUCGCCGCGGGCGCUGCGGGCGCUGGCGCAGCGCUACCCCAGCGUGUACCUGUGCCCGCGCUCCUUCACCUGCGCCCGCCUGGCCGCGGGCGGCGCCUGCGCCGCGGUGCGGGCCGUGCUGCGCGGACAGGUGCGCUCGGCGCUGGCCGUGCUGCGCCCCCCCGGGCACCACGCCCGGCCCGGCGCUGCCGGGGGCUUCUGCCUCUUCAACAACGCGGCCGUGGCGGCGCGGCACGCACAGCGCCUGGCGGGGACCCCCCUCAGGGUGCUGAUCCUGGACUGGGACGUUCACCACGGCAACGGCACCCAGGAGAUCUUCGAGGAGGACCCCAGUGUCCUGUACAUGUCCCUGCACCGCCACGACGGCUCCUUCUUCCCGGGGGGGCCCGGGGGGUCCCCGCGGCGCCGGGGGAGGGGCCCCGGCCGGGGCUUCACCCUCAACGUGGCCUGGGGGGGGCCCCGCGUGGGGGACCCCGAGUACCUGGCGGCGCUGAGCCGGCUCCUGCUGCCCGUGGCCGCGCAGUUCGGGCCGGAGCUGGUGCUGGUGUCGGCCGGGUUCGACGCGGGCCGGGGGGACCCCCUGGGGGGGUGCCUGGUGUCCCCCCAGACCUUCGGCCUCAUGACCCACCUGCUGGGGGGGCUGGCAGGGGGGCGCCUCGUGCUCCUGCUCGAGGGCGGGUACAACCUGGCUGUGACGGCCGAGGGGGCGGGGCAGUGCCUGGGGGUCCUGCUCGGGGACCCCCCCACGCUGCCCCCCCCCGGGACCCCCCAGCCCGCGGCGCUGCGGGCCCUGGGCCGCACCCUGCGAGCCCAGCGGGGCUGCUGGAGCUGCCUGCAGCUGCCCCGCGUUGAGCCCCCCCCGGAGACCCCCAAGGAAGGGGAGGGCAGCGAUGACGUCACAGCCGCCGCCGAUGACGUCACGGGGUCUCCCCCCCUGGACGCCGCCAUUCGCCGCUUGGGGGCGCUGCAGCUCGGGGACGACCCCGGGGGCGUGGCCAAGGCUGGGCUAGGGGCGGAGUCUCUGGCAGGCCCCGCCCCCACGGCAGCGGCCGCGGCCGCCCCCUGCUGGGAGGAGGAGGAGGAGCUGGAGGAGGGGGCGCUGUACGCCGUGACGCCCCUCCUGGAGUGUCCCCACCUGGGGGCCGUGGCCCCGCCCCCGCCCGGGGGGGCCCUGGGGGAGCUCCUGCCCCCCCCCUGCGGGGUCUGCGGCAGCCGCCGCGAGAACUGGCUGUGCCUGAGCUGCCACCAGGUGCUGUGCGGGCGCUAUGUCGGGGGGCACAUGCUGGCACACGGGGGGGCACAGGGGCACCCCCUGGUGCUGAGCCUGCGGGACCUGGCGGCCUGGUGCUACCCCUGCGGGGGCUACGUCACACACCCGGUGCUGCUCCCCACCAAGACCUUCAUCUACCGCCUCAAAUUCGGCACGGACCCCCCCACCCCCUCCUUCUGAGCCCCUCCCCCGCUCCCCCCACUCUUAAAGGGCUACACACGUGCCACCCCCCCCCCCAUCACCAGCACCCCGGGACCCCCAAACCCCCCCUGGGCCAAAGGCUGGGCCGGACCCAGGGGCGGGGGGAGGGGCAGGGGGGCCACCUCCCCCCCCCCAGAGCGCGGGGGGGGUCCCGGGCACGCGGGGGGACCCCGGUUUUGUAUCCCCUCCCCCCUUUUGGAGCUUUUCUAAAUCCCCUUUGUUACGCCGAGACACCAAUAAAGACACGGGCGAGGCU